AACUGUCGCGCGGCGCGAGAGUUGGCGUGCGAAUGCGCGUCGCCCAUGUCAAAGAACCGCGUGAGCCGCCCCCACGUAACCUGACUUAACCGAUUUUCGAAAUCCUCUCUUCCAUCUUCUUCCUCUCAAGAUAAUCAUCUGAUGUUCUGGACCCGACUCGAAGAGCUUGGGAAGAGGAGGGAGAGAAGAGAUCAUGGUCCCGUAGAUGUUGGGACGCGUUCGGAGUCAAAGUCUUGGACGUGCCCUUUACGUGAACAGGCCCCCUUUAACAAUGUCCCGUUCCGCCAUCGUCGUGCAACUGUAACUGUAACGCCCUCUCGGUCUUAGUCGCUCUCGUUUUGCCCUUUUCUAAGGGGAAGAACUGUUCAUCUUCCCGGAGGAGCGAGCGAGCGAGCUUGGGACCCUUUUGGGUGAAGAGUCCGCCUGGUGUGGGGAGAUGGAGAGGCGGGUGGUGAUCGUGGAGGGAGGAGCGAGGGAGAGCUCGGUCUCCGGCUCGCCGAGCUCGUCGUGCGGUGAUGUGGACGGUCUCGGAAGCGGCAGCGGCGGCGUCGACAGUGUCCUCGAGGACUUGAUCGGAGUGAUCGAGAAGGCCGGGUCCUAUGGCGGGUACAGGAAGACGCAGAAGAAGGAGUGCCUGAAUCUGGCGAGGAGGUUGAGGCUGCUGGUCCCGCUUUUGGAAGAGAUCGGAGAGACCCGCCACGCCGCAAACUUCCCCGGCGAUGCAUUGGGCGCUACUCUGGAUCGUCUGAGGCAAGCGGUGGUUGCGGCUGACAAGUUGUUGAAGCAAUGUCACUGUGGAAGCAAGAUUUAUCUGGUGUUGGAGAACGAGGCAGUCAUGAGUAGAUUCCAUGCUGUUUACGAUAAGUUAAAUGAGGCCUUGGAUGAUAUGCCUUACGAUGAGCUCGGGGUCUCAGUUGAAGUCCAGGAACAAGUUGAGCUAAUGCGGAUGCAACUCAAAAGGGCUCGAAAGAGGAGGGACACGCAGGACAUGGAGUUGGCGAUGGAUCUGAUGGUGGUACUAUCCGAGAAGGACGGCCGGAAUGUGGACAAUGCCAUCCUACAACGCCUUGCGAACAAAUUGGAACUAUGGACCUUGUGCGAUCUGAAAGCAGAAACAGCUGCUAUCACGAAACUCGUGAAGCGAUUCGGAAAAGAUGCGCAGAACAUCCGGCAAAUAACAGGCUUAUUUGGUAAGUUCAAACGGAUCGCGGGGUACGAGGAGCCAAAUGCGCCAGAUUGUUCUUUUUCCUCGAGGACUCUGGAAAAGUUGCCGUCCUUCUCCGUUCCUCAUGAAUUCUUAUGCCCGAUUGCGCUAGAGAUAAUGACGGAUCCUGUUAUCGUCGCCACUGGACAGACCUACGAAAGAGAGAGCAUACAGAAGUGGCUGGAUUCGAAUCAUCGGACGUGCCCAAAGACCGGACAGAUCUUGGAUCACUUAUUGAUGGUGCCCAAUUACGCCCUCCGCAACCUUAUUCUCCAAUGGUGCGAGAACAAUGACUUCGAGCUCCCCAGAAAGGCUAUGUCCGUCGGUUCCAACGGCUCUUCGAGUGAACUCAUGAAGCAAGUAUCUUGCCUUGUACAAGAUCUGUCCUCUUCUCAGCCGGAUGCGCGAAGGGACGCGAUUCUGAAGCUCCGGGCUCUCUCCAAGGUAAAUCCCGAUAACAGAAUCCUGAUAGCCAACGUCGGAGGAAUCACACCGCUAGUUCAGCUCUUGUCAUUUCCAGACUCUAAAAUCCAAGAACACGCCGUGACUGCACUCCUGAACUUGUCCCUCAAUGACACGAACAAGAGAGUAAUUGCCCGAGAAGGCGCUGUUCCCGCUAUAAUUGACGUACUGCAGAAUGGAACGGAUGAGGCGAGGGAGAAUUCUGCGGCAGCCUUGUUUAGCAUAUCGAUGCUCGAUGAAAACAAGGUGCUUGUGGGCUCCGCGAAUGGAAUUCCUCCGUUAGUGGAGCUUUUGAAAAACGGAACAGUUCGAGGUAAGAAGGACGCGGCGACCGCGCUUUUCAACUUGUCCUUGCUCCAAGCAAAUAAGUCCAGGGCCAUCAAGGCGGGCGUCAUACCGCCGUUGCUCGAUUGGCUCGAGGACAAGAAUUUGGGAAUGAUUGACGAGGCGCUCUCGAUCUUGUUGCUUCUUGGGUCGCACCCCAAGGGGCGAAGCGAGAUGGGUCAGCUAUCUUUCAUCAAGACACUGGUGGAGAUCAUCAAGAACGGGACACCCAAGAACAAGGAGUGUGCAACAUCAGUGCUGCUGGUGCUGGGGCUGCACAACUCGUCCUUCGUGUUGACCUCACUUCAGUACGGAGUAUACGAACAUUUGGUGGAGAUCACCCGAAAUGGGACUAACAGAGCCCAGAGAAAAGCCAAUUCUCUGCUGCAGCACAUGAGCAAGUGUGAGCACAUCCCCUGAGACGCCGCGAGAAUGCGCGGCUUCCUUUCGACUCCCGGUCACGCAGUUCGAGCUCUCGUCGGCGACUCCAUGUCUGUGUGGUCCUAUGGACAAAGAGGCGAGUACCCAAAUAGUGAAUCCUGUUCAUCUUCUUGUAAACACACGCGGCCAUGAGGUUUCAGUUCGAGUUGAAUGCGCAGCGAGAGAAGUUCUAUCUGCUGAGACUGCGACCUUGAUGGAUCUGCAGGACAUGCCAUUUUCAUAUGUCUCGAGCAGAUGAAGGUGAGGCGUGCAAGAGUUCUAGCCAGCCGCCCUCCAAAAGCUGCAUAUGGAGUUUGCUCAAAGGAGCAACACGAUGCAGUCUUUCAAAGAUAAAGUCUCACCAGACAGUUUGCUGCUUCAAUUGCUGUGACAGACGAUUUGGAAGUGAUUCUUUGGACUCGUCUUACAAUUCGAGCAUUUCUUGUAGCUUUGUUUCAUUGAUUUUUAAAUAGGCCAACUGCGUAUUUCACAUCUCACUUCAUCAAAAUACCCGCCGUAAAUCUCACAUAAAUACUAGUGCUCUUGCCCA